AUUCCGUCCAAUUUAACAAUCUGAGCUCCGUUAUGCACAGGUAGCCAUGAGAGUCAUUCAGGACUCCGAAGAUGAAGAUGAUCUCGAGCUCGAAGCAGCCGGCAACGGCGCGCCGAACGACAAAGACGCGUCUUUCAAACACUCCGACCCAUCUCCACCGUCGGGCGAGAGGGGAACAGGCUCAACAGAAUCUCUAAAGCGAGCCAUUGAGGCAGCCCAUCGCGCACAUUUCCAGACGGAGGUAGGCGCAUCGCCUACUCCUGCCGUCCAGCAGGAAGCGUUUCACUCCUCUGUAACUCUGCCGACGCCAAUCAGUAAGAGAAGGAAGACCUCAACAGACGCCGCGCCCUACAAGUUCCCUGCAGGUGGCCCAGCUCGAACAAAGGCUCCAGUCACGUAUGGCAGAUCGAAGACAUCCUUUGGUAGCCCGCUUCUCGAGCAGACGGAAGAAGAUACGAAUGAGAAGGAUACAUCUCAUAAAACCGAGAAGACAUGGAGUCUCCAAGGGACUAUGCAAGCCGCUUUCGCGCAACAGGAACCCCUGGCUAUGUUUCCCGAACCAUCGAGUACCGUCCCAAAUGCCACUGCUACACCGCAGCGGCGGUUACUGGAGGAGGUUUUGGCCCCGGAAUUCUUAGGCCUUCGCCCGGACCCUGAUGCGCCCGCGUGGCAGCCUGCAAAGUCCUCAGUUCCUUGGUCCGACUUUCUAAAGUCGCCCUCUGGAAACACAGAGGAUAAACCUGAUCCCUCAAAUCAGUCACAAGUGCCAUCAGACCAGCGCGGGGAUUCCUCGCAAAAAUUGACGGGUGGCGCGACACUGGAGCCUGCUCUAGCCGCCGUUCAGACUACCCAACAAUCUCAACGCAGUCGGCGCAGUUCAUUCACACAUCUAGAAGGCAGUCAGUUCCGGAAGGAGGCCAUACGAGGUGUUGUUAAUCCUAAAGACAUCAUGGGCCCUCCGCCCAUUAUUAGCCCGGAGACGCCCAACGAGGGGGCAGUCGUCCAUUGUGCUACACCUUCAGGGACGGACAGAAGCUCGUUGAGCAAGAGACGCGCCGCUGAGGAAAUUUGCAAGUCCCCUCAUCGACAGAAGAACGGCCAAGAAGAGCCCGUGCCUGCUGCACGUACUAUUAAGGCGAAGGAAAAGUCCAGUUCUGUGCGCAAACCGGAUGAUGACCUGGCGGCUAUUGGUCUUCCAAAGGAGCAAUACAAACCUCGUCCGAGUCGAUCGAGGUCUCUCAAGCUCAACGAGGAUCCGAUAGAUUACUCGAUCAGGCCGGAGAAAGUGACGAAAGGACCUCGGCGGAGCAAGACAACAGGCGGGGCAGACGAGGCAACAACCGCUACAACUCCCCAAAAAGUCCGACAAAUUUGCGAUAUGGGAUUUACUCCAUCUACAACGCAGAGGGCUCUGCGGCAGAACAAUGGUGACAUCACGCAAACUGUGGACUGGCUGAUCGCAAACGGCGUAGCCGGAGAAGAUGAGCUAGCGCCUCCGAGACCGUCCAAAUCGAAGGGCAAGACAAAGAAAGUCAGUACCCACCCAGAUGCGCCUGGGCAGCAUAUGGAAGCUACGGAGGAGGCUCCGGCAUCCGAGAAAGGAGGUCGAAGAGUAUCUUUCAGCGUACUGGCGGAGGCAGACGUAGGUCUCGCCAUAAUGUCGGCCGACGCUCCGGCCGACGCGGUCGCGGAGAAUACGAUGGCCACCGCUCCUGAGAGGAAGAGCCCUAGCGUGAAAGUGGUCAUACCCUCGAGGGAACAGGCGACGGCGUUGAGAGUCAAAGAGCAGCAGCCAGCCGGCAUGAGCAUUGCCUCUCAAAAGCGAGGUUCUGUUGAGGCUGCUAGAAGCAAAGCUAAGCGCAGAAAGACAACUCUGGACCAGCCAGAAUCCACUCUUGAAGGACAUCAGAUGGGUACGCCGGAGCCGCCGAAGGAGAAGAAACGAGGUCGCGGCCGACCUCGCAAGGAAGCAAAAUCAGUCGAAUCGAUAUUGGCGGAACAGGACGAAGCAGCACCACAGUCUAAAACGAUCCACACAAAAGCCGUACUCCAAGAGAUUCAACCAAACGUGUCUCCAAUCAUCGAGACUAGCAUCACGAAGAAGGCGAACGACCAGACUGAUGCUCCAGUAGCCGCAGUGGAAGAGGUGCUGGCGUCUACACCUCCGCCAAAGCCCACGACUGCAUCCACAGAGCCGUUGCGCACACCAGAUAACAAGACGAAAGCUGCAAACGCCAGUCACUCGCCUCUCAGCAAAGGCAAAGUGCCAUACCGCGUCGGCCUGAGCAAGCGGGCUCGCAUCGCGCCACUUCUCCGCACACUCAAGAAAUGAGCGCCAGCGGAAGCAACGGAAGCCACGGCACCGGUAAACCUACCAAUUAACGUAUUUACGACUACAUAAUGCCAUGAAAACGAUACCCCCUUCGCGCUUACCGUUCUCCCCAUAAUUUCCACCUCUAUUGGCAGCUGGGUCGAAGUUCGGCGUGGCGCGCUAUUGACGUCUCGCCCUGUAGACUAG